GAGAGGAAACAUGUUUGCUGCAAUAAAUUGAUUAUUUUAUUCCUCGUCCCGAAGAAAGACGCUUUGUAAACUUUGACUCAAACGAGAGAAGAUCAUUAUGGAGCAGGUUUGCAAUCAUCAAAAACAAAAUGAGAAACUCAAAAUCUUUCCGCUUGCGGACCUUUCGACCAGAUGGCAUUUAAUACGUGCAAUGCAAGUAAAACCGUUGCUAUAUACAGCCCGGCGACCGACUUCGCCUAGUCGUCUUUCGGAGGUUUUAAAGCGCUUGGAAAGUUCCUGUUGGUAUUGGGGCGCAAUGGACAGCGCCGAAGCUAUGAACAAAUUGAAAUGUCAACCGGUUGGUACAUAUUUGCUACGUGACAGCUCGGAUGCAAGACAUCUUUUCACGUUGUCUGUUCGCACCGCCAAAGGAAUGACGAACGUACGGAUAUUGUACAAGAAAGGUCGUUUUAACUUGGAUAGCGUCGAUCCUACAGACAGAUGUAUGCCGAAUUUCGACUGCGUAUUAAAAUUGAUUUAUUAUUAUGCGCGAGUCAGCAAUAACCUUGAUGGACGAAAAGUUUUUGCGAUGCAAAAUCAGGAAACAGACGGCGAAACAGCAACGGAUACUCCACAGCGUGAAGUACAAUUCGUCUUAAAAAAGCCCUUAUUCUCAAAGCCAGCAACUUUAAAGCAUCUUUGCAGGAGGGCUGUUAACAGGACGUUCAAUUUAGAGGAACUAAUGGCGCUGAAUUUGCCUCAACCCAUCGAGGAUUAUAUGUUGAAAUAUCCGUAUCCUAUUUAACAGUGAAAUUUGUAUGAAUUGUACAAAAAUAUCUGUAUAUAUAUCAUUUUGGUAAUCAUGUAAAAAUACAGUAAAAACCGUAAAAAUAGUAUAAAAUAGCUGAUUUUCUUUGAUCUCCUAAGUCUGAAUAGAAUCCAGGUUAUAUGCAGACUGUUUAUUUCGCCUUCCUGUGGUAUUUUCUUAAAACUUCCUGGAACAACUUUGACUGUGAAUACAGGAUUUAAAUUCCUUCCUAUAGUAAUUAACAUAAACUUAAGGUUUGUUUUCAGUGGAAUUGACAAUGGCGUACCGAGAAAACGUCAAAAAAAAAGUGUAUUCCUUUUUCCCUGAGCCUUGUACUCAGUAACGAUAUAACUCCAUAAACUAUAUUGAAACGAGUAAAUAUCAUCCGAUAUUGUAAUCAUUAUUU